GACUCUGCUGCAGAGAGCUUCAAUGGCAAUGAGACGCUGGGACAUAGCUCAGUUACUUCAGGGGGAACGCACGGCAGGGAGAUGGGUGACCCCAGCAUUGACGGCAAAGCUGGGCUGGAGCAGGAUGAGCAGCCACUGAACCUGAGUGACAGCCCCCUCUCUGCACAGCUGACUACUGAAUACAGGAUAGAUGACCAUGGUGGUGACGGGAAAAACAAAUACAAGAAUCUUCUAACGUCUGACCUCAAGAUGGAACGGGAGACACGAGAAAAUGGAAGUAAGUCUCCCGCGCACAGUUAUUCCAGCUAUGACUCUGCUAAGAAUGAGAGUGUAGACCGGGGUGCAGAGGACCUGUCACUCAACAGGGGAGACGAGGAUGAAGAUGAUCACGAUGAGCGUGAUGACUCCGAGAAGCUCAACGAGGCAGAAGGCGUGGAAGCCGAGCGGCUGAAAGCUUUCAAUAUGUUUGUCAGGCUGUUUGUAGAUGAAAACUUGGACCGAAUGGUCCCAAUCUCUAAGCAGCCCAAAGAAAAGAUCCAGGCUAUCAUUGACUCAUGCAGGCGACAAUUCCCUGAGUACCAAGAGCGUGCCAGAAAGCGUAUCCGUACUUACCUCAAGUCCUGCAGGCGGAUGAAAAGGAGUGGUUUGGAGAUGUCUCGACCCAUCCCUUCCCACCUUACUUCAGCAGUUGCAGAGAGCAUCUUGGCUUCCGCCUGUGAGAGUGAGAGCAGAAAUGCUGCGAAGAGGGUGCGUCUGGAUAGACCCCAGGGAGAAUCUGCUCCAGCGGACAAACCGUGUAAGCCAGACGCAGCCACGGCCACCUACUCAUCCAAUGUUUCAGGCUCCCAGGAGGUAUUGUACAUCAACGGCAAUGGGACCUACAGUUACCAUAGUUACCGAGGGCUAGGAGGCAGCCUGCUAAACCUGAAUGAUUCUUCUAGUAGUGGACCCACAGAUCUCAGCAUGAAGAGGCAGCUGGCGACUGGCUCUGGAUCCUCCAGCAGUUCAAACUCCAGACCUCAGCUGAGUCCAACGGAAAUCAAUGCUGUGAGACAGCUUGUAGCAGGAUACCGAGAAUCGGCUGCGUUCCUGUUGCGUUCUGCAGAUGAACUGGAAAAUCUCAUUUUACAACAGAACUGAGUUAAACAGUGGUCUUGUCGCACUAUCCUUUAAGGGAAAUACUUCCAUUAUGCCACGUUGUUCUCGAUGCAUAAACUGAUGUGUUCAAGGAGCUUUGGAGGAACUCUAACCUUGACCUUGACGUACCUGAGAUACUUAAAUGUGCCCAGCCUGUCGCUUUUGUUUGGUGUGCCAGCAUAAAUAUCACAGGCAAUUUUUUUAACAAGGCUGCAUAUUCUUAAUUCAAGGAUAAAAUGAAGAAGCCGGUGGUAUAAAAAAACAAAUAGUUCAAGAUCCAACUGAAACAUUAGUGGAAUUUUCUACUGACUUGUUGGACUGAAAGCUGAAGUAUCUGGAAAAAAAAGCCAAAUUUCUUGUUGCUACA